CUGGCUAUUUCCCAUACCUAGUUCCAUUAUCAUUACAAAUAAUUUCAGAAGCUUGUGUUGUGUGGUGUUUACGAUGAGUUACAUCUUAAAACUACUUCUGUAACUUUCUAGCUCGCCAUGGAUCCAAACAUCUACGCACUGGUCCUCGACACCCUGAACCGGGCGACUAGUCAGGACGCAGAGGUGCUGAAGCCAGCCGAAAAGAAGCUGCAAGAAUGGGAGAUAGAACCCGGCUUCUACUCUGUCCUUCUGGACGUCCUCUCCAACCACACUAUAAACGUGAACGUCCGCUGGCUCGCCGUCAUGUGCUUCAAAAACGGCGUGGACCGCUACUGGCGCCGCAACGCGCCGCACGCCGUCUCCGAGCAGGAGAAGGAGAAACUGCGGCUCGGGCUGCUCACUCCCAACGUUCUUAGUGAGCCCGUGGCGCAGAUAGCGACCCAACAAGCGGUCCUCAUCGCCAAGAUCGCCAGAUUGGAUUGCCCUAUGCACUGGCCAAACUUAGUUCCUGACCUGCUUGGAGCGCUGAAAGCUCCCCAGCCGCUGGUUCAGCACCGUUCUCUGCUCAUCUUCCACCACCUUGUCAAGGCACUGGCUUCCAAGAGGCUAGCUGGGGAUCGCAGGACAUUCCAGGACCUCACAAACACCGUAUACUCCUUCAUCCUGAGCCUCUGGCAUGAGAACACCGAGCUCUUCCUCUGCCACAUCCAAGAGGGCGCCACCACCGAGCUGAUCACUGAACACCUGGAGAAGGCCCUCCUCUGUCUCCGCAUCCUGAGGAAGCUGACGGUCUUCGGCUUCAAGAAGGCCCAUGAGAGCCAGGAUGCCGUGGCUUUCUUGAAUGUGGUGUUUGAUCGGGCUAAGACAAGUCUAGAAUGCAGAAAACUCCUCAAAGGCCGCGGCAUAUACCCCCUAGAACUCUGCGAAAAAUUCAUCAUCCACCUCACGAAAGUGGCUCUUGGGGUCUUAGGGGUCCACCCCUUUUCCUAUGUGCCCCUAAUCAGACCCUCACUGGAGUUCGCCAUAUACUACUGCUUCACGGAGCAGGGCAUGAGCUUCGUGUACGAGCGGUUCAACAUACAGUGCCUGAACAUCGUGAAGGGAAUUUUGCAAUGCGUGGAAUUUAAGCCGCCGAAGGGUGAUCAAGUUAAGGAACCAUUGACCCUGCAAGCGCACCAGAUGAAGAUGGAAGUCCUGGACACGGCGACCGUGUGCCACAUGUGCCGCGUGCUGGUGGCGCGCUACUUCCUGCUCGCGGCCGACGACCUCGCGCUGUGGGACGCCGAGCCCGAGAGCUUCGCCACCGACGAGGCGGGCGAAUCCUGGAAGUACAGCCUUAGGCCAUGCACAGAAGCGGUCUUCAUGGAGCUAUUCCACGAGUUCCGCGACACAUUAGCCCCCGAGCUCGUGCGUCUACUCGCCGGGCUCCAACAUGCGCCAUCUGACGUCAGCGACCUUGACGCCAUCCUGAAGAAGGACGCCAUUUACAACGCCGUCGGACUCGCCGCCUUCGACUUGUACGACGAGGUGGACUUCGACGAAUGGUUCACGAACGUGUUGAGCCAGGAGCUAAAAAUAAAAGAUGACAAUUACAGAAUAAUUAGGAGAAGAGUUUGUCAAUUAAUAGGCCAGUGGUGCGGCGUGCGCGCGUCGCCGUCGCUCCGGCCCGCGCUAUACGGCGCGCUGCUGCCGCCGCUCGCGCGCAGAGGGGAGGACGCCGCCGUCAAGCUCGCGGCCGCCGCGGCGCUGCGGGCCACUAUAGACGACUUCAACUUCGACGUGGACCAGUUCACCCCGUUCGCCCCUCACAUCCUCGCCGCACUCUACGAGCUGCUGGUGGAGUCGGAAGAGUGCGACACGAAGAUGCACGUGCUGCACGUGGUGUCGUACGUGAUGGAGCGCUGCGGCGCGGCGGCGGGCCGCGGCGGCGGCGCCGACCCGCUGUUCGCGUGCCUGCCGCAGCUGUGGACGCACGCGCGCGACCACGACAUGCUGCGCGCCGCCGCGCUCGCUGCCUCCGUUAAUCUUCUUAAAGCCAUAGGAGAAUGUCCUCCGAACAUCCGUCCCUGGAUCCUCAACGUCGUCAACGACUCCACCAAACUGUCGGAGCCGGCGCACGUCUAUCUUCUAGAAGAUGCUCUGGAUCUCUGGCUCGCCGUGCUGGAGACUUCACAUGUGGCCGACGCAGCCACGCUUCAGCUUGCUGGAAACCUGUGUCCUAUUCUUGAACAAACAUCAGAGCACCUCCGCAUAAUAGUGUACAUAAUGCAAGCCUACACCCUGCUCUGCCCCGAAGAGUUCCUACUGGGCGCCGGCGGCAAGUGCAUGCUGCUGUUAGAGGACAUGCUCGGCGACAUGCGCACUGAAGGUAUCCUGACGGUAUUAAAAAUGGCGGAGGUGUGCAUCAGCGUGUCGUUCCCUGAAAGAAACACGUUCCUAGGUGUUAAGGUCAUAUGGCCCAUCCUGCUCAGGGUUAUACACUGGCUAGACCUGGACGACCUGCCGCUCGUGCUGUCAGUGGAGUUGUGCCUGAUGUCAAGAGUCAUUCUGCUCUCCACCGAUCUCUUUUACAAGGCGGUAGAAGAAGCAGCUGCCACCAUGCCAGAAUACGAGUCGGACCCUACGAAGGUUCUGGAUAAAAUUCUUCACGUGUGGACCGAAAAGAUGAACCUGGUCACCCAGGUCGAACGGUGGAAAGUUGCUGGGUUGGGUUUGGCGGCGUUGUUGACGACGCAGAACGCGGUGGUGUUGUCGCGCGCGCCGGCGCUGCUGCUCAACCUGGCCGAGGUGCUCAACGACGUCAUGAAGACCGACGAGUGCGGGGCGCACCAAGAUAGUCUAGUGUGCGCGGGGGGCUCCCGGCCUGCCUCCCCGCUCGAGGGCCGCGGGGGCGCCGCGCGGUGGGGCGGGGGCGGGGGCGGGGGAGCCGGCACCGCCAGCACCCCCGCCCCCGCCGGCCCCGGCGCGGCCUCCCCGCACGAGCUGCGGCGCCGCGCCCUCGCCGCCGCGCACCCCGCGCACGCGCUCGACCUCCGGGCCGUCACGCACCAUCAGUUGGAGACCCUCAAAGCCCAGGUGGGUCCGGAGACCUUCGACCGAAUCCUGCAGUCCACCGACAAGGAGACCUUGCAACAGAUCAGGGAAUACAUACCUAUUUGAAUACAUCUCAUAUAACGGAAGGUUAGGCCUUUAAAUCACCGCUCGAGUUAUAGUUAUCAUUUCUGUACAUAGUAUUCGUUUGUCUGUCAUUUUUAAUUGUCUACUCUCAGUUGCUCAAAGGUUGACUGGAAGAGAUCCCUUACAGGGAUAAGUUCGCCUUUGUACAUUGUAUACUUUCUGUUUAAUUGUAUAUCUUAACCUGUCUUAUGUGCAAUAAUGUGUUUACAUACAUACAUACAUACAUUCGUAACCACAACCAAGAAAAUUUCAACUUUACUUAAAUUUUAUGUACCUAUUUAUUUAUUACGUAAAACAAUUUUUGACCUCCUCCUUUAAAAUACCUCAUAUUAUGCAGUUAUUUGUGCAACAUGAGAGGAAAGUUAGUUUUUCUUGCGAGUGUUUAUUUUGAGUCCCGAGAAAGCGAAAGAUUCUAAGUUAGAAUCUUGAGCGUAGCGAGGGACUUAAAAACACGAGAUGUAAAAUAACUUUGCUCUCGUGUUGCACAUAUAAUUUUUCACCUCAGUAGUGAGAACAUAUUAAUGGUUAAAAUGUCUUUCGAAUUACACAGAAUAAUACAGAAAAAAAAUGAAAUUGUAAUAGAAGUAUGAAGUGGCAGUUAAUGGCCUUCACUAAAUCAAAAAGCUACUUUGUUUCACUCCCUGGAGUGAGGAAAGUCGCACUUUCCUCACUCCAGGGAGUGACAAAAGUAGGCUUGUUCGAGCUGCUGAGGUGAAAAAUCAAUAGUGCCUUAGCGGUGGUACAAUGGUUCCAUAACAUAUGUAUGUUAACUGACUGUUAACAUAGCACAUACCAUCGAGUUUUCCAGUUGAUGUAAAAUUGUCUUCCUAUGAUAUUCUUUCCUUUCUAAAAUUUGUUAAAAACUUACGUUGUCAGUGUACAAGUAUUGCUUAAAUUUAGGAGGAUUUUUAUAAUAAUUUGUCUAAUGAACUUUCUAUAACGCGAACGGUGAUUGAAAAGUUCCUAAACGAGUCAUUUACGUUGCGUCUUAUAUCGUUUUAUUAAAUUUUAAAGUAAUUACAAUUCUAGCAUGUUCCAUCUGUACUUUUACUAUUGCAGGAAAAAUCUUGUAUUUUAAUAAGAUGCGACGCAAUAUUAUUUCAUUAUUUGAAACCGAUUAUCGUUUUUAAGAUGUACAUUUUGUAUCACUAUAUUUGUUAUUAGUUUCGUUAUUUAAAAAAAAACGAGUAUUUUCUAUACAGAUAUAGACUGACGAUAAAACAUGUUUUUUGUUAAAAAUUGCAGUACAUUUUUGUUAUUUUAAAAAUUACGUUGUAUAAUAAAUAAUAAUUAACAUGUAUAUGAUUGUGAUAUACUUACAAUUUCCUAUAAUAGCUUUAAAUAUAGGAGGAAUGGCAUUCUGUAAAAGUCAUUUGUAUGGAUCGAUGAUUUAAUAGAUAAUAAGUAAAAACACUUUAGAGUUGUGUAUUCUAAUGGUGAAAGUACAGAAUGCCAAGCUAGUUGUAGAAAUUUUAAUAACAAAACUUCCAUGAGACACAGACAUAUUAAAUAUACUAAUAGCAUGUCGAGCGUUUUUUGACUUAUAAUACGUGAGUGACCCGUUAUUAAUAUAUUUAAUAUAGUUGUAGAAAUAUGAAUAAUGCACAUGACUAAUAGAAACCAAAUGCAGCUGUAGUCGAAAUAAAUUAUGUUUAAAAGUGAAUCCGUGUAAUGGAAGGCUUUUAAUAACAGCAAAAUACGGGCCUUGAAGAGUUUUUAUUCAACAAUAAGAAGGGCCUGUUUGAAUAUUCGAGCAUUUGAAAAGUAAUUAGGUAUCCUUAACAAAUUAUACUUAUCAAAUAUCAGUGUUAUAAUUGACAUCCUCUAUUAAAAAUAAAAGUCGAAUAUCGCUUGACGUGUUUCGAUUCGUUUCGAGUAAUGGUGUUUCCUGGCAGCUAUAGUUGGUUAAACCAAAUUUUCAGUAAAUAAGAACAAAAAAAACUAUACUCAUCCUUUUCUUUUGGGUGCUAGUACUAAUGAAAUGAGACAGUCCUUUGACAAACUAUAUAUAACAUUAUAUAACUGCGAGUCUAGGAGCACCAUUACGCACACAACCAACACAAAAUAUCGAAACAUGUCGAGCAAUAUUCAACCAAAAUUGCUUGAGUGAUGCUAUUUUUAAUACCUUUGAUUUUGAUAGUUUUCUAAUUAAUGUUGUCAUUUUUAAGAAUCCUAUUUGCUAGUUUUCGAAAAUUGUGGUUCUAGCUCUAACUAAACACUUGCAAUAAACUGUAUUUUAUCAUUAGAUAUAGAAAACUAUGCUACUAAUAUCGUAGACUCGCAUAUAUAAAAUUUUCAUCAUUGUUGAAGCAUUUUACAUAGUAUUGUAAUGUUGAAAUUGGCAAAUUCUAACGAAUAUCGACUUAUAAUAUGACAUCUAACUGUAGUUCUGCUGUGCCUCUUACCUUUUUUACGCCGUGUAUGUAUUUUGUAAAUAUAAGUCUUACGAAAUGUUUUAAUACAGAACAAAAAUAAAGGAUCAGUACGUUUUUAUAAUUUCAACUUGUAUUUCUUCAAACACCAUAGCGCAUAGAAAUCGGGGCACUUGUACGCUAAUUUCAAUAUUAUGUGCGCCGAUUUUAUUGCCUUUGAGUGUACAAAUGUGUAAAAAUGAAGAUAAAAACAGACUGCUGUGGAUAUAAUAUACAUUUAAAACUUCCUUGAAAGCACGUAGUUUGCUUUAAUUAAACAACUAGUGUCACCACAUUUGGCGAAGACGAAUCAGCCUGAGUCUCAGAAAAAAUGAAUGAAUGAAUUUGACGAAUUAUAUCUCGAAUAAUAAUUUUAAAAUACAUCCCGGUCUAUCAAUGAUGAUGGCUUGAUUUCAUUAAUACUUAAAACUAUUGCGAUAACAGACAAUAUUGCGGUAGGUGCGAUUUUUUUUUUUUAUAAAUACGUUUACACGACUUUACAGUAAACCAAUACGUCAUGAAACUAACACAUAACAACAUAGAAUCAUUACACUAAGUAUUACAUUACAUUUCACACACGGAUACGCGAUAGGUUAACUAUUGCGAUAACAGACAACUUUGUUUUAAGUGCGAUAAAUACGUGAUACGAUUCGCUAUGAUGAAUUAUUUAAGUCAUCGAUCAAACGGUACAAAUGAUUUUUCAAAUAGGGAGCGUGCAUGAACUGUAGGGGGCAGCACAGGACCCUGUUUAUUGGCGCUAUGGAUGGUAUCGAAAGGAUGUCAAUCUCUAUAUACGAAAAGUGUCCAUCAAAAAAACAGUAAAUAGGCGGCGCCACCAUACACUGAAGUACCUAGUAUUUUAUAUAGAUGUGCACCCGUGCGACCGUGAGGGACAGAACAUAAACAAUGCGACAAAAUUAAAAACACGUUUUUACAUUCCUGACAACAUACCAGAAACAACCUACGUAAUUUGGUCGGGUUAUUUGCUGCCCCUCCCCCAAUUUCAUCUCUACAUUAUACCUCCAUGGUUCAAGUCAUAGAGUCUCUUAUAUAUUACAAUACUCUGGUCUCAGAGCCUACCUAGCGCCACCGGAGAGAUUAGGAACUAUUAUUUAUAGCUGAAAGCUGUCACUUUUGAAACAAUUCUGCCAUAAGAGAUUGACAUCCUUUCUAUACCAUCCAUAAUUGGCGCGAAGUGUAAAUGUUAAGUUUAAGCUUCCAAUGUAGCCCACAAGAUGGUAGAACCUACACACAAGAAAACGUAAACUGUAGAAGGCAGCACUUAUUGCUUCGGCGUGAAGUGUUAUCGAUUCAGGCCACAGGAUGGCAUUAGUGGCAUACCCUCCUACGCGCACGGCCGCUAUCAUGAAACGUCCUCGGCUCAAGCAGAUUCAGCGUCAAGUGUUGUGACACCUUUAGACGUCAGCAUGCAUAUAAGUUUAAGGAGACUUUAUAAUACGAUUUCAUUGUACUAUAAUAUGUAAAUUUAAUAAAUUGGUCGUAAAUUUUACUGAAGUGCCA